AAGAAAAAAUAAUGUAAAACAAAUGAGCCAUAGUAGUAGCAAUCGGCUGCAGGUUCUCAACUCUCACAUAUCAUCAUCCAUGGCGUCCGAGAAAGACGCUGCUCUAGCCGCCGUCCCCUCCGAUUCUCCCACUAUUUUUGACAAGAUUAUUAACAAAGAGAUCCCAGCAAAUGUGGUUUACGAGGAUGAUAAGGUUCUUGCAUUCCGGGACAUUGCUCCUCAAGCACCAACACACAUUUUGCUUAUUCCCAAAGUUCGAGACGGUUUGACUGGUCUUUCUAAGGCCGAGGAGAAGCACUGUGAAAUUCUUGGUCAUCUUCUCUAUACUGCAAAGGUUGUGGCUAAACAAGAAGGUCUUGAAGAUGGGUACAGAGUUGUUAUCAAUGAUGGACCAAAGGGAUGCCAAUCUGUUUACCACAUCCACGUCCACCUCCUUGGCGGCCGACAAAUGAACUGGCCUCCUGGCUAAUUUGGCAUUUGUCCUCCAGCUCGAAGCCUAGCAGUUUGGUGUGGAGUUUUCUUGUUGAAUGCGAAGUCAAUUAUAUGUUUAAAUGGGCUGGCAGGACUUCUACUAAUGGCCUUUUUCGCAUAUUGUAUCACGGAACAUUAAUAAUGCUAGGCUUUGAGUAUUUAUUGGCAUUACUGUUAGUGAUCAGAUGCUAUUUUAUGUUCCAGACAUCGGUAUCUUUGUCUUCCAAGGGCAUUUAUCUAAGCUCUUUGGCCUAUUAUGAUCUGGUUGUUGUAUACUAAGUUGUGACCUUACAUGUCACAUGUAGAGUUUGGCAAGAUGGGCAGGUCUAACUAAGUGGCGUUGAAAUGGACCGGUUCGGUUUGGAUUGGCGUGCAAACAUCUUUAUGUAUUACAGUAAGUAUAUGUAGUUUACCUUUUUUUCUAAUUUUAAAACAAGGGACUAUUCUCACUUUUAACCGAUCAAAAUAUGGAAUAUUUUGAGAA